CCCGGGCCGGUGCCUCUGUCGCUAGGGACGCUUCGGCCCAGGUAACUGCCAUGGAUCAGGAAGAGGGGUCGACCACGUUGGACAACAUAGUCACUCAGUUCAGCACCUAUGAAGAUUUCCUGGACUCGCAGAUCACUACGGUGGACCUGUACUACCUGGAGGAUGAAGGCCUGGCCCGCCAGUUGGUGGAGCUAGGCUACCGAGGGACUGGAGAGGUGGUAAAAAGGGAAGAUUUUGAAGCAAGGAAAGCAGCUAUAGAGAUUGCAAGAUUGGCUGAAAGAACUCAGAAAACGACAUUAACAAGUGCUGGUAAAGACCUGCAAGACAAUUUUCUGAAGGCUCUGGCAGUGAGAGAAGAAGAUAAUCGCAGUGGAAAAGUGAGCUCCGUGAUCUUUAUUCGUGACAGAAAUUCUCAUGGGCAGGAGGUGUCAGGAUACAUCGACUAUGCCCACAGGCUAAAGACUGAAGAUUUUGAAGUCUACUUUAGUGGGAAAAAAAGACUUCUUCCAAGACCCACGGAUAUGAGCUUUUACAACUGGGACAGUCAUAUUGCCGUUUGUAAUUCAACUCCCAAUUACCAAGUGAUUGCUGAUAAUCCAGAAGGCUUACUUUUUAAAUACAAAAAAGACAGAAAAAUUCUCAACGUGGACCCUAAGGCACAACCAGGUGACAACUCUACUAGAACCCCUAUCCAGACAGAGCUCUACAUACAAGCUGUCAUUUUUGACCAUGUUUCCAGAAGAAAGACUUAAGUACCAACCACGUUAGAUGGUUCCCUAAUGGUUUGCUAAGUUUGAAUCCUUUAACCAGAAGCAAAU